AUGGCCUACAGCAGACACGACUACGACUCCAUCAUCCUACCCGUCCUCGACGACUACCGCAUAACCGAUGGACCGUACGAUGCUUUCGCUCGCCGGAUCCUCGACCUCCAGCAGCAACUCGCUUCGCGCGACAUGAUCAUUCACAGCCAAAGCGUCAUGAACGAUGCUCAAAGCCAGGCCAUCGCCACUCAAGGUCAGCAGAUCGCGGCUCAAAGCGACCAUAGCGUAGCACAAGACGAGCGCGUUGCCUCCCUCGACCGAGCAUUGGGCUCCUUCAAGCAGCAGGUCGAGCAGCUCACAGCCCGCCUGCACGAUGCAGAGUGGCACCGCAACAAGGCGGAGAUUGACGCGAAGAUAGCGGAGGACAGCAAGAAGGCGCGCCGGGCCUACUACGAUCGACGUGUUGUGGAGCUGGACCAAGAGAAGGAGGAGUUGAGGAUGAGGUUGAGGAACUUGGCUGAGAAUAUUUGA